CGUUGGGACGAUUAAGCGUCCCGGUGACGAUUUGAAUCCAGGAGGGCAGUUCUCAGCCGAAUUGGAGGAGGUCCCAUCACAGUGCGGAGAAGUUUAACUUCAGUAGCACAAGCUCUCUGGUACGCUGGCAUCUGGGGCGCUGCGCGAGAAGAACUUGGGAGUUAAGAAUAGGUUUCUGAGCUUCUUCGGAUGAUAUACUGCAUGGGGGGAACUGAAACGCAGCAUUUUCUUCUCCCCUCCGAUAAGGAAGGCCAGGGUAGACGAACUUCAAACGCACUUACGACUUGAAACGCCUAUUUAUCGAAGCACUCAGCAUCAACUUGAAAUAUUGCUGCAGAAAAUACACUCCUGUCUGGCAAAAGACAGGCUACUGGGGAAGCGUCAAAAACCGUUAUAUGGACUUAAAAAAAAUCUUAGCAAUUGGACUUUCUUUUUUUAAGAUGUUUGCUGGAGGUUCGUCUUUUUUCAAUAUCAUUCUCGAUUUUCCAAUUCAAUGUUAUUAACGUGAAUUCUUAUCAUCAAUUCAUUUUUUCCCGGACACUUGUUUUGUGUCACACCAAGAGCGCUCGUGUCUGGACGCGACAAGAGUGUCGCCGGGCUGUCCGCGCGCCUUUGUCAUUGUAAUGUCGGUGUGUCUGCGGGACCCUCGGAUGCCCCCAGACAUGCUGCUUAGUUCAGCACUCUGACCAAGUAGCUGGAGGUGACGGACCGCCGGAGUACGAACUACAACCGAGGAGCCAGGGGAACGUCAGAGUCCACAACUUUUUAUCUGCAAAACAUCCAACGUUUUUGAAUUUGUCCUUUUGUUUUUACGAACUUGACAGCCUACUUUUUUUUUUUUGAAAACUUUUCAUCUUUUUUUUCCACUGCGAGCAGGACCAAAGUCAGGAUGUUGUUAGGUCGCUUUUCGGGGGCUUUAACGGUCGUCCCCUCCAAGUUUACCUGCAUUUUCUUCUUCUUGUUUUUGGUUUGUCAAUUGCCCCAGCCUUCCUCUCCACUCAUCACAGGUACGGAGGCGAGCUGCGAGAACGACGGAGAGGUGCUCCACAUCCCCAACAUCACAGACAACCCCUGCAUCACCUGCGUCUGUCUGGAGGGGAAGGCGGACUGUAAGCAGGAGAAGUGUCCCCUGGUGUCUGAGGACUGUGCCCUGGUGGUGAAGCAGACUGGAGCCUGCUGUGAGAGAUGCAAAGGUUGCCAGUUGGAGGGGAGACAUUAUAACAGUUCUGCAUCCUGGACAAGCGCCACUAAGCCCUGCAUGACCAGAAGAUGUCAGGAAGGUGUCGUCACAGAGGCGGAGGUGCAGUGUGUAGUUCACUGCAGGAACCCCAAAAUACACCCCAAGAAGUGCUGCCCGACCUGCCCUAGCUGUAUAUUUGAGGGUCGUCUGUACAAGGAGAAGGAAGAGUUCAGCCCUGAAGGCAAACCCUGCAUCAAAUGCACUUGUACGGGCGGACGGACUCUGUGCAUGAGGGAGGCGUGUCCGGUUCUUUCUUGCCCCGCCCACCUCACCCACACCCCACCAGGACAGUGCUGCCCCCGAUGUCUCGGUCAGAGGAAGGUGUUUGAUCUGUCUCAGGGGAGCUGCUUGUUUCACAGCGAGGUCUAUGAGAACAACACCUCCUUCAGGAACGACAACUGCACCACCUGCAUCUGCAAGGAUUCCACUGUGGUGUGCAAGAAGCACUGCUCGCGGCCAGGCAGUUGCCAGGGCGACCAGUGCUGCGACGAGUGCCUGUCCUAUGUGAAGGUGGAGGAAGUGAAAUACUGCCGGGUCCGGAACAAGAUCUACAGGGAAGGAGACAUGUGGUCCUCUGCCAACUGCACCCUGUGUGCCUGUGUCCAGGGCAACAUCGAGUGUCAGCCCAAGCACUGUGUGCCCAUCACCAGCUGCCCGUCGAAUAAGAUCCUUAACCGAACGGGCUGCUGUCCUGUUUGCACUGAAAAGCCUGGUGUGUGCACAGUGUUUGGAGACCCUCACUACAACACAUUUGACGGGCGCACGUUCAACUUCCAGGGGACGUGUCAGUACGUGCUGACCCGCGACUGUGGCAGCGCCACCUCUGGCAGCCUGGGGAACAACAACAUCAACAGCCCUGACUCCAGCUUCACGGUCCUGGUGCGUAACGACGCCCGCAGGACGCGCUCCUUCUCCUGGACCCAGUCGGUGGAGCUGCGGCUGGCCGGCCUGAGCCUCAGCCUCCACCAGCACCUCACGGUGCGCAGGAACGGCUCGCGCAUCUCCCUGCCCUACCACGGGCCCGGGGUGCACAUCGACCUGGACGGGUACCUGCUGAAGCUCACCACCAUCGCAGGCCUGGAGAUCACGUGGGACGGGGACAGCUUCGUGGAGGUGGUGGCGGCGCCCCACCUGAGGGGCCGGCUCUGCGGCCUGUGCGGCAACUACAACGGGCAGAAGAGGGACGACACCACGGGCGGCGACGGGCAGUUCAAGUUCGACGUGGACGCCUUCGCCGAGUCGUGGCGCGUGGAGGGCAACGAGGUGUGCGGCGCCCAGCAGGCCGCGCGGCGCCCCGCCCCCCUGCUGUGCCCCGGCAGCGUGCGGGUCAAGUUCCGCGCGCACCGCGAGUGCCAGAAGCUCAAGGCCUGGGAGUUCCAGCGGUGCCACCGCGCGGUGGACUUCUCCACCUUCUACAGGUCCUGUGUCACAGACAUGUGUGAGUGUCCGGUGCAUAAGAACUGCUACUGUGAGUCCUUCCUAGCGUACAGCCGGGCCUGUGAGAGGGAGGGGGUCCCCGCCCUCUGGAAACCUGAGGCCGCCUGUAUGGCCACCCAGUGCAAGUACGGCGCCGUCUACGACACGUGCGGCCCGGGCUGCACCAAGACCUGCGACAACUGGAACGAGAUCGGGCCGUGCCACAGGCCCUGCGUGGCGGGCUGCCACUGCCCCGCCAACCUGGUGCUGUUCCAGGGACGCUGCAUCAAGCCCACCUCCUGCCCAGGACGGUGACCCUAGUGGG